CAGCUUCCGAGAACACACAGCAGGCAGGACUGUAGACUCCGCGAUGUCGAGGACGAGGCAGGCCGCGGCGCUCUGCCUGCUGGCUCUCAUCCCCUUCUUCCUGCCCCAGUCCGUCGCUGCCGAGGAGGAGGUCGCCGGAGGCAGAGAUGUGUGGGACGGAGGAGGAUGCCUCCCCCGAGAGGACAGCCAGAAGCUUCCAUGCCAGACGAUCGGGAGCGAGCACGAGGGGCAGAGCGCGAGAAACAGGAGGAGCACUGACGACGACCUCACGGACACUGCGGAUACCAUGGACACGGACAUUCAGACACCGGGAUCUGUGGAAGACAACAUGGGUAUUAAGAGGAUGAAUAGAGAGGCCACUUCAACUAACAUCACCCCAGCAACUGACACCACCCAUGCAACUGUAUCCACCCCUGCAACUGACACCACUGAUGCAACUGACACCACCACUGCAACUGACACCACCGAUGCAACUGACACCACCCCUGCAACUGACACCACCGAUACAAUAGACACCACCCCUGCAACAGACAGCACCACUGCAACCGACACGACCGAUGCAACUGACACUACCCCUGCAACUGACACCACCGAUGCAACUGACACCACCGAUGCAACUGACACCACCAGUGAAACUGACACCACCGAUGCAACUGACACCACCGAUGCAACUGACACCACCACUGCAACUGACAUCACCCCUGCAACGGACAUCACCCCUGCAACUGACACCACCGAUGCAACUGACACCACCAGUACAACUGACACCACAGAUGCAAGUGACACCACCCCUGCAACUGACACCACCGAUGCAACUGACACCACCGAUGCAACUGACAUCACCACUGCAACUGACACCACCGAUGCAACUGACACCACCAGUGCAACUGACACCAUCCCUGCAACUGCAACUGACACCACCAGUGCAACUGAAACCACCCCUGCAACUGACACCACCCCUGCAACUGACAGCACCCCUGCAACUGACACGACCGAUGCAACUGACACCACCACUGCAACUGACACCACCGAUGCAACUGACACAACCAGUGCGACAGACACCACCCCUGCAACUGACACCACCACUGCAACUGACACCACCGAUGCAACUGACACCACCACUGCAACUGACAUCACCCCUGCAACGGACAUCACCCCUGCAACUGACACCACCGAUGCAACUGACACCACCAGUACAACUGACACCACGACUGCAACUGACACCACCCCUGCAACUGCCACCACCCCUGCAACUGACACCACCACUGCAACUGACAUGACCCCUGCAACGGACAUCACCCCUGCAACUGACACCUCCACUGCAACUGACACCACCCUUGCAACUGACACCACGACUGCAACUGACACCACCACUGCAACUGACAUCACCCCUGCAACUGACACCACCGAUGCAACUGACAUCACCCCUGCAACUCACACCACCGAUGCAACUGACAUCACCGCUGCAACUCACACCACCCAUGCAACUGACACCACCAGUGCAACUGACAUCACCCCUGCAACUGACACCACCGAUGCAACUGACACCACCCUUGCAACAGACACCACCGAUGCAACUGACACACCCGAUGCAACUGACACCAUCCCUGCAACUGCAACUGACACCACCAGUGCAACUGACACCACCGAUGCAACUGACAUCACCCCUGCAACUGACACGACCGAUGCAACUGACACCACCACCGAUGCAACUGACAUCACCCCUGCAACUCACACCACCGAUGCAACUGACACCACCCCUGCAACUGACACCACCCCUGCAACUGACACCACCGAUGCAACUGACAUCACCCCUGCAACUCACACCACCCAUGCAACUGACACCACCAGUGCAACUGACAUCACCCAUGCAACUGACACCACCAGUGCAACAGACAUCACCCCUGCAACUGACACCACCGAUGCAACUGACACCACCCUUGCAACAGACACCACGGAUGCAACUGACACACCCGAUGCAACUGACACCAUCCCUGCAACUGCAACUGACACCACCAGUGCAACUGACACCACCGAUGCAACUGACAUCACCCCUGCAACUCACACCACCGAUGCAACUGACACCACCACCGAUGCAACUGACAUCACCCCUGCAACUCACACCACCGAUGCAACUGACACCACCCCUGCAACUGACACCACCGAUGCAACUGACACCAUCCCUGCAACUGCAACUGACACCACCAGUGCAACUGACACGACCCCUGCAACUGACACCACCGAUGCAACUGACACCACCAGUGCAACUGACAUCACCCCUGUAACUGAUACCACCGAUGCAACUGACACCAUCCCUGCAACUGCAACUGACACCACCCCUGCAACUGACACCAACCCUGCAACUGCAACUGACACCACCCCUGCAACUGCAACUGACACCACCUCUGCAACUGACACCAACCCUGCAACUGACACCACCAUUGCAAUUGACACGACCCCUGCAACUGACACCACCACCACCACCCCUGCAACUGAAUCCACCCCUGCACCUGAAUCCACCCCUGCAACUGACACCACCCCUGCAACUGAAUCCACCCCUGCACCUGAAUCCACCCCUCAACUGACACCACUGCAACUGACAACUGACACCACCCCUGCAACUGAAUCCACCCCUGCAACUGACACCACCCCUGCAACUGAAUCCACCCCUGCAACUGAAUCCACCCCUGCAACUGAAUCCACCCCUGCAACUGAAUCCACCCCUCAACCUACGACCACUACGACCACCACGCCUGUGUCCUCCAUUACCGCAGCGAGCUGCCAGAAUGGAGGGUCCUGGAACGGGUACGUCUGUCUGUGCCCCAAUGGCUUCACGGGGAAUCUCUGUCAGGACUCAGUCCCCGUGGUCACCUGCCAGAAUGGAGGCGUGUGGGACGGCCUCAAAUGCCAGUGCACCAGCCUCUUCUACGGGCCGCGGUGUGAGGAUGUGGUGGAGAGCUUCGAGAUCGAGAACACAGUCUCUGCAGCCGUGGAAGUGAGCGUGACAGUAACCAGUCAAGAAUACAGCAAUGAGCUAGAGAACAAAGAAUCCGAGGAAUUCAAGAAGUUCAAUGAGACAUUCACUAAACAGAUGAAGGAGAUUUACGCUGGAAUCCCUGAGUAUGAAGGGGUUGUCAUCAAAUCGCUGAGGAAGGGCAGUAUCGUGGUGGACUACGAUGUCAUCCUGAAGGCCCCGUACACCCCAGAAUACAAAAACGUGUUACAGAACGUCAGCAGCAACGUGAGGAAAACCAUCGAGAAUGCAACCAAACAACAAUGCUCAGAUGAACUGUGUUUCGACUCUUCUGCCACCAGGGUGCAAAAUAUUUCAGACUUUGUCACCCCUAACGACACAUGCCGGCUGCAAGCUGGAAAGGAGUAUGCAGACUAUAUCUUCUCGGAGACCAAGGACGAUAAGGUGCAUUGUAUCACGGCCUGCUCAGCAGGCUACAAAACCUCCUUGGACUGCCACUACGGCAAAUGCCAGCUGCAGCGAAGUGGCCCCCGGUGCCUCUGCCUGACCACAGACACUCACUGGUACAGCGGGGAGACCUGCGACUGGGGCAUCCAGAAAAGCCUGGUGUACGGGCUAGUGGGAGCCGGGGUGGCCGUGCUGCUGGUGAUCCUCGUGGUCCUCGCUGUGUUCUCCAUGAGCUUCAAAAGAGAGGCGAAAAGGCAAACGCUCAAAGUGUCCCAGAUGCAGCAGUGGAAUGAGGAGGAAGGCCGAACGCCUGGAGCCAUCCACAACGUCGGGUUUGACCACAGCGAAGAAGGAGAAAACUAUGUCCACUUGGGCUCCAUGUACAGCAACUUCGAGGCCUCCCUAAGCCAUAUAAACCCGGAAGAAAAGAUCCAGAUUCAGAGGCCCGAGAUAGUCAUGACGUCAUUGUAAACACUAACACACAAGCAGUUUCGCAUGGACGCUUGGAGCUGAGGACUGAGGAGAGCUCCCUGUUGGAACACACCUCCAUUGAGAGUUCCCCGCGGGGACUUACUGGAAACUAGAUCCUGUGGUUAGCAAGAAUGAAUGCCAGAGAGACAGCAGUGCUGGGAAUUCAAAGUGUGGAACCUGCCGUGGGCGUGGCAUGAUGGCAGGCGACGCCUCCCGGAGCCCGAAGUCCGAUUCAGCACCAAGGACAGUGCCCCAUACCCUUUGCUAAUGAUCGCUUUGACUCUGGGCUGCGUUUUAGCAUCUGCUAAACACUCUUCUAAGAAAGAUUACAUCCCAUUUCCAUGGAAAACACUACUGCUUUUAAUAUAGACCGUCUGUCUUCACGAGGUCAUGCUUAAUCUUGAGUGUCUUUCUGAGAUUGGUUAUGAUUAAAGCUUUUAUUUUGGUGCAUUCUAA